UAUUCACCUGAAGUUACAAUGAGGAAAAUUCAAUCGUUCAGCGCUUUAAAUCUAGGCCUUCUGUUGUUUAUUUUGACAAUAGCAACACAGUUUCUUGAUGGGGCAGCACAAUCACUCGAACACAGAAGUCCUCGUUCCGGACACCCUAUAUUGGCAGGAGCAUUCAACCUUAAUCAGUUUAACCAAGAUAAGAUGAAUGAUCCUGAAGUCGCUAAUUUCAUAACACAUGUGAUUACGCGAUAUGACUUGAUUCUUAUACAAGAGGUGACAGAUCUUACAGGAAAUGCUUUGAAUGCACUAUGGUCGAUGGUAAACAGAACCGACAGCUAUGGAAUGAUAGUUAGCGCCCCCGUCGGAAGAACCUCGUCUAAAGAACAAUAUGCUUAUUUCUAUAGGCUAUUGACUCUUCAACUUGUAAAUGAACAUCUAUUCGACGAUAGUCUACACGACUGGUUUGAAAGUGACCCAUACACCGCAUUAUUUGAAGUCAGACUAGCUUCAUCACAUACCAAGUUUGCUGCAAUAGGAUUUCAUGCUAACCCAUUGGACGCUGUAAAUGAAAUGGGACAUCUCCAUGACGUGUAUUAUCAAACAAUGAAUACUUGGGGGGAAGUAAACGCACUGACAAUGGGUAACUUCUAUGCUGAUUGUGAAUAUGCCAAUGCAAUGGAACUGAUGUCGAAACCAAUUUAUUACGAUCGAGUUGACUACCAUUGGUAUAUAGAAUCGGAAGUCGACACAACUACCAAUAGCACUACAGAUUGUGCCUUUGACAGAAUCAUUGGAUCUGGAAUAACAUUACAAAUGGCAGUGAUACCUGGUACAUCUAAUGUAUUUCAAUUCUCAAACAACCAUCAACUUCCAUAUGAAAAGUUGAUGAAUGUAACCGAUAACUACCCAGUAGAAAUACAAUUAAAUUUCUUUUAA